AUGUCUUUCUUCAAGAAGAUUGCCAAGGAGUUCGAGAACCUUGGUAUCGGCGACAAGGACGAGAAGAAGCAGGAGCCUCAGCAAGGUUAUCCGCAGGCCCAGGAUAACAACCGAGCCUACGGCGACGGCGGCCAACAGUACGGCGCUCCUCCUCCUCAGCAAUACAGCUCUCCUCCUCCUCAACAAUACGGAGCUCCUCCCCCUCAGCAGUACGGUGCUCCCCCCCAGCAGUACGGUUCACCUGCUCCUCAGCAGCGGUA